AUGGGUCACGAUGCACGGCAAGAGGCAGAAGAGUCCAUCGAGUUCACUGUGAGCUGGGAUGAGAAUGAUCCAAUGAAUCCAAGGAACAUGAGCAAGGCAAGGCGGUGGCUUAUUACCACAAUUGUCUCCCUUGGGUCACUCUGUGUAGCUUGCACCUCUUCUAUAUAUAGCACAACAUAUGACCAGAUUGAGAGAGAGUUUAACUCUUCUCGAUUGGUCGUGACACUUGGGUUGUCAUUUUUCAUCUGGGGCCUUGGUCUCGGUCCGAUGAUUUUGAGCCCUUUAUCCGAAUUUUAUGGCCGCAGAAAAAUCUACAUCGCAUCAUUCACCCUAUUCGUGGUGUGGCUCAUCCCAUGCGCAGUGGCAAAGAAUAUCCAAACUAUGCUUAUCUCUCGAUUCUUCAACGGAUUGGCAGGUAGUGCAUUUUUGAGUGUAGCUGGCGGUACUGUGGGGGAUAUGUUUGAUCGACAUGAACUCGCUUUACCUAUGAUGUUUUAUACUGCGACCCCAUUCGUUGGUCCUGAAAUCGGUCCUCUUGUUGGUGGAUUCAUCAAUGAAUACAGCACAUGGCGUUGGACAUUUUACGUUCUUCUAAUUUGGGCUGGCCUAGAACUGGUCUCUAUUGUGCUCUUUGUCCCGGAGACUUAUCACCCAGUUCUUCUGAGAUACAAAGCCCGAAAGCUUCGUCAAGAUACCGGUAAUGAGAAAUGGAAAGCCCCAACCGAGAGAUCACAGAGGUCAAUGGCACAGAUGAUCAUGCAGUCUAUGUAUCGUCCUAUUUUGCUUCUGACAAUGGAGCCAAUGUGCUUGAGUCUGUGUAUAUUUUCGGCUCUACUCCUCGGGAUCCUUUAUCUCUUCUUCGGUGCUUUUCAGUUGACCUUUUCCACUGUUUAUGGCUUUUCGGAAUCGCAAUGCGGCCUAUGCUUCAUCGGCCUCUUUGUCGGUAUGCUUUGCGCUAUAUUGACAGAUCCAUUCUGGCGUCGGAAUUAUAUGCGUUUAGAGAGUGCUCACAAAGGGAGGGGAAACGAAACGAAUGACUUUCAACCAGAAUGGCGACUACCUCCGGCCAUUCUAGGGGGCCCAUUGGUCACUGUAGGAAUUUUCAUAUUUGCCUGGACAAUUUACCCUAAUGUACAUUGGAUUGCUCCUAUAAUUGGCAGCGCAGUAUUUGGAGCAGGGACAAUUCUGGUCUAUUCAGGCAUCUUCACCUUCCUUGUUGAUGCUUAUCCAACAUAUGCCGCUAGUGCACUGGCCGCAAAUAGCUUUACCAGGUCAUCAUUUGGAGGAGCAUUUCCGUUGUUCGGGAUCCAGAUGUAUGAUAAGCUAGGUUAUCAUUGGGCAUCAUCAUUGUUGGCGUUCUUGACCCUUCUUAUGGCCCCUUUCCCAUACCUUUUUUUCAAAUAUGGAAGCCAAAUUCGCCAAAAAAGCCGGUUUGCCACAGGAGAAAGGUGA